CACUGCGAGCCCAUAACACGUCGACCUGGAAGCGGUCUGGAUCUCCGCUUAUUGCAUGCACACUGUUACUUAUGACGGCAUAUUUACCCACAGAUUGGGCGCACUAAUGGACUAAUUGAGCAGCGGAUGAGUACGGAUCCCCUGCCGAAACGAGCCGCCACGCGAUGACGAUCGUCAUCCACCCUGCGGCAAUUUCGAUAAACAUCUUUCGACAAGCACACUUCUCAUAUGAAUUGUAUUGAUACCGCCUGCGUAAACCCUCCUGGUCAUCUUUUGUGUCGCACAGACUCCAAAUCCCCGUCUUGAGUCCAACGACACCCAAUCAUUAUCUCCACGCUUAGCUGCAGGUGUCUCCACUAUGGCGGAGCGAGAAACCAAGAAAGGCGGCCUGCGUGCCAUGUUUGGCAUGCGAUCAGGGAAACAACCAAAAGAGCCGGGUACGCGGAAGAAGGUUUCCAAGAAAGGAUCACGAAGCGAUAUACUCGGAAAGCUUGACUCAACCCCGAACGUUGCGAACACCAACCGCCAGGAUUCUGGCAGCUUCACGAAUGAAAGAAGCGAUUUAUCAGAGAACGCUUUUGGCUUACCGACCUACGAAGAUGUCACUGGUCUUGCGCCACAUGCGUUGCGUGAUCACCCAUAUGCUGCCGUUAACGCUCUUACGGACACAAAUAACGCAUACUUACAGCCUGGGCAACAAGCGGCCGAUUACCGUCGCAACUCAGAAGGACAACCACAGUAUGCUGCACCUUUAUAUCAACCACAUAGCUCGAGAUCUGCAUCAAUACCGCAACUGGAACACGAAAAAACUCUACCUUACGCGCCAUCAAAACCCCAGCCUUCAAGGUUAAGCAAGGCCCAUCGAGCGCCUUCGAAGUCCACAAGAGCCGAUGAUAUUCUAGAUAAGGAUACCGGAGAAAGGAAGGAUCUGACAGAUAUGAUGCAUGCUUUCACAUACAUUGAUGGAGUGGAUACUAUUGAAGAAGAAAGGGAUGAUCAAUCGCUACUAUAUGACCCUACAAAGCCUGAUGGAAUGGCAGUAAUUGGCAGUGCAUCGCCUGAAGUAUGGCUCCGUGUUGCAGAUUUUCUGUCACCACUCGAUGUUGCCAACCUAUCGUCUACAUGCCGGACCAUGUAUGCUCGACUAGGUAGACACCCGUACAAACUACUCAUAGACCCGCUCCACCGGCCGCAUCGGCUCGAGUUUCUACUUGCAAUGGACCAAAAGAUGCCACGCCAUCUCUUUUGUUUUCCCUGCGCGCAGUGGCAUUUACGAAUCCAGCCUGGCCUAGAGACACUGAAACCUCAGAAUGUCCUCAACCCACUCUUUGAAUGUCCUAAUCGAACCAACAUCCACAUCCCUCCACCGCGAAUUCGUCUAAGCGAUGGCCGCACGCUUCCAUUCGCCUUCAUUCAAUUAGCUCGCCGCCAUUGGGCUUACGGUCCAGAAUACGGCAUUCCUCACCAGUCGCUGGGCCGCCGUUGGAAAGAUGGGUACUCAGACUGGAGCCAUGACUCUACAUAUCACAUCACUGACAAGGGUCACGUGUUGAUGCGCAUUCGAUCACAACAUUAUGUUGAAGGCGGUAUGACAGAUGCAGCAAAGCGCAUGCUUUUGUUUAGCCGUGGAGACUAUACGCCCUACUUCAGCGUAUGCGCGCAUUGGAAACAUGGACUACUAACUUCGAUCCCCAAGUGUGCACUGAAGCAUAUUCCUCACGUCCACGACUCCGAAACAACGGCUCUCGACAAGUUCCGCGAACGCAACUUAGGAAGAAGAGCCGUCGGCAUGGUUCAUCUCUGCUCCAUAUGCCGACCGAUGCGUCGCUGCCCAAAAUGUCCCACGGAAUACUUAUUUGAACUCAAACUUGUCGAAGAUAAGAGUGUGCGCGGCAACGGCCCUGAACGCUUCAAACAGGCUCUCAUCGUUACGCGCUGGAGCGAUUUAGGGCCUGCACGCAGCCCCACGGAUCCUGAAUGGAGCGCUAUCACAGGUGAAAAUGACACAUACGACAGUUUCGUAGAGAUCGGGCGAAGAGCUGUUAGUGGUGUGUUUGAGAGUGCGUUCACGGAUACGAUACCUGGGCAGCGGAUCAUGAGCAUGAACCCGAUGGACGUGAAGGCAAACGAGGAGAGCGGGGACUGGUACUAACUGAGUCCAAUAUAUCAAUCGAGUGUCUUGCAGAAAAUGGGAUACGUCUGGACGAACCCACAUAGCAUCUAAGCAAACCCAUGAAUAUACGGUUAUCGCCGUUGAAGUUUCACGCAGUCAAUGUCUCUUGCCAAGGAAUGGCGCUGGAUCCCGUAGAUAUUCUACAUACUGUACACCCAAGUCCCCACGUACACAUCCUUGACCCCGUUCCAUGCAUCACUUCAACGUCACCGCAUAUGGAUGAUAACAUCACCCUAUUGCAUGCUCCCAACUGCUGAGCUUGAGCAGAACCAGUCACGCUCUUAUGGUGCCCGUACUACCUUCCUACCAGUAACCUCGUAACGUUGCAAUUCCUGCAAAAUCUUUGG